AUGCGCUUCACCGUCUCUGCUGCUGCCCUCCUGGCCUUCGCCGCCAAGGUCCUUGCCCAGGACCCCACCGCGGACUUCGAUCCCAUCCUGACUCCUGGCGAGGGCGAGACUCUUGACGCCGGCUCGACCUAUAAGAUCACCUGGGAGACUGUUGACAAGUACAAUGGCACCGCGACCAUCAUCUUGAUGGGCGGCAAGACCGAGAAUACCCUAGAGCUCCUCGACCCUGUUGCCAGCUCAAUCGACAACAGCGCGGGCGAGUAUGACUGGAAGAUCGCCUCGGAUCUGGGUGCCGAUGCCACAUACGGCCUGAAGAUCCAGUGGGACUCCGAUGAGACUAUCUUCCAGUAUUCGUUCCCCUUCGCCAUUGAGGGUAGCGGCGCUUCAUCCAGCUCUUCGGCCUCUGGCUCCGGCACUGCCACCGUGACCAGCACUGUGACCUCUGCCUCUGCCUCUGGCACCUCCGGCUCCAGCUCCACCGGCAGCGUGGCCGAGACCAUCACCUCUACCAUCACAUCCGAGAGCGGUAUCCCUACCGCCAGCAGCAACCUGUCCACCACCGGCUCCCCCGCCACUACCGUCACAUCCGUUGUCGUUCCGUCCGGCUCCGGCACUGGCUCUUCCGCGAGCGCCUCCCCAACUACCGUCACUGACAACGGUGCCGCCAAGCUCACCGGCAGCUUCAUUGCUCUGUCCGGCCUGGUUGCUGCUGCUCUGCUGCUAUAA